AUGGCCUACGAUAACUCCUUGGCAGUGGGUCUCUCCGUUGGACUCCCUUGUUUCAUCGUUCUCAUGCUUUGCCUCGCUUUAUGGAUUAGAAACAGAAAACGCCAGAGGGGAGAAGACAACUUGGAAAAGGAUAUUGACAACGAGCUCAAAGAUGAUAACUCUUUCAACCAAUUUCAGGAUGCGUUGCAUAAACCCGCCAGCAAUUAUGAAAAAAAGGAAGGUUCAGACACGGCCACCGCCCACGAAAAACAAGUCUCCUCCACAGAUUUAGACGUGCACGAGGACAACAUUUCUCUGUCGAGAGGAUCGACAACGAGCAACACUGUCAGCGAGAGAAAAAAAUCCAGUUUCUUCACCCCUCCUCCUAGUGUGCUCAACGGUAACGGCAACAGCUCCAGAUUUCCUAACGGAACUCCUCAUGGCCCUCCACAGGCGCAUCUGAAGACCCCCUCGUCGUACGACUUCUAUGACACCUUCAUCCCCAUCCUUCAGUCGCAUAACUCCACUGCCGGCGACUUGAGUGACUUGACGCAACCUCCUCCAGCAGUGAGUCACGAUGCUAGAUCUUCUGCUAGCAGUAGCAGCAAUACAAGUCUAAUAGGUGGCACAGCGCCCAAUGGGAGCCCCCUCAACCAGACAAAUAGAGACAACAAUCGUUCGCUUGACAACCUUGCAAAACAACUUCAUCACUCGCAGCUCUUUGAUAAGCUUCCUUCGCGAGCUACAACUAUAACGAAGCGGCCAGCUAUCCCUAUAACUUCAAACAACUCGAGCACUGAGCUCGUGACAAAAGACUUGUUCCAAAACGAUGCCAUAAACGAGAGCUAUGUUGUGCAAGUUCCCGACUUGCAUGAUGACUACGAAGAGAGCGUUAGCGGCCUUCCUCGUCAGAAACAUGUUUACCACCAGCGGGCCCAGGCGACUCCAUGUAGCAACGGUGGCUCAAAGACGAUACCAGCUAUUGUCACUGAGGACCAAGCUAUGCAGCCCACGUCGCGUUUGGUCAAACCAACCGCCGCAAUGAAUAAUUUUGAGGGCAACUUCGACAACAACGUUGCCACCGACAAGGUCGACGAAGAAGAGCCAGAUGUGGUAUUCAAGUGA